GCGCGCUCGCACCCGCGGAAUAUAGUCCCCGGAUUUCGCUGUCCAGCCGCCAACGGAAAAUUAACGGCGGCGGCGGAGGAGGCUCGCUCGUCGGAGGCUGGGCAGCCCGGCGCACGGCGCGACGGGCGCGCUCGCUGCUGAGCUGUUGGCCACUUUCCCCCUUCUCCGGGAGAGUUUUGUAAAAAAUGGCGUAAAGUGAGUGAUGAGUCCUGUGUCCGUACUAGCAAGAGAGGCGAGAACUUGCUUUGCAGACUGUGUAUACUUGUUCUUUCGAUUGUUUACUGCUCGAUUAUUUAUUUUUAUAUGUACAAAAAUCUGUUUGAGUUUUUUUAAAUAUUGCAGACGCGCUCCUUCCCUUUCACGCCGACACACACGCACACGAACAACUAACUUCAUUUCGUUUGGAUUCAAAGUGUCUGAAAAAGUGCUUUUGAAGUACAGCCAUGGAGAUGCAAAGCCUUCAAGAGGCACUGAAAGUAGAAAUCCAGUGUCACCAGAAACUAGUUGCACAGAUGAAGCAAGAUCCACAGAACGGAGAACUUAAGAAACAACUGCACGAACGACAAUCCCGAAUAACAUCUCUUAGUGAGAAGCAAAAGCUUGCAGUGAGAAGUUGUCCUGUUGGGAGCACCAAACCUAUUUCACUCAUCAAGGCACCUAACCAGAGCAUUGCAAUAUCAGUGGUGCCAUCUAAGAAUCCCAUCACCAUGGUUACUGCACACAUUAACGGACAGAAGACAGCUAGUACAGAUCCUCCACAGAUGGCCCCUAUCAACCUCCAGACAACUAGUAAACUGACAGGGAGCAAUUUGAAUUCCACUGGAAGGCGGGUUCCAGAGACAUCAAACUCACAGACUGUGGGAACUAUUACUGCAGUGCCCAUCAAGGUCCCCCAAGUCAGCUCAUUACAGAGGUUGGCAGGCCAAGGACCCCCAGUGCUACCUCAGGUUAGGCCAAAGACCCUAGUUCCAGACAGCCUCUCAGUCACUCUGUGUCGUGACCAGACUUCCAGUCAGCCUCAGUCUCUUCAAAAAAGCACCAUUGUCAGCAUCAAGAACCCAAGUCCUACUCUUCCCACUGCCAAUAACACCGUCAAUCAUGUGCAGACAUCGACUAGCCAAACACAAAACUUUGCAGAGUCGCCAUUGGUUACGACACCAAUCAGCAGUGCUGGCGUGGCUUUUGCAAUCAUCUCUGCUUCCCCCAACAAUGGCAGUUCCAUGAGCAGCAGUACAGUCUCCCUGACCAGUGACACCAUCAGUGUUCAACCUCUUCUGCUCAGCACAGAUAAGGUAUUAAUCAUUCAACCACAAAGCCAGACACAAACAGAACACUUGACAGAAAAAAGAAAAACUUCAGUGGAACAACCACAGGGCCAUCUUUCUGCAAAAUCAAAGAGAGAAGAAAAUCCCGAGAAACUUGCCUUUAUGGUAUCCCUUGGCCUGGUUACUACUGAGCACUUGGAAGAAAUCCAAAGCAGGCGCCAGGAAAGAAAGAGAAGAAGCACAGCCAAUCCAACAUACAGUGGAUUGUUUGAACCAGAGCGUAAACGAAUUGCAACAAGCUACCUAAAUGGUUCUUUGUAUAUUUCAACAAGAGCCAAUGAGGAACUUUGUUGGAAGGAUGACAUUCAUGAAGAUUAUUGUACAGUGUGCAAACGUAGUGGUCAACUUCUUUUGUGUGACACUUGUUCUCGUGUUUAUCAUCUGGAAUGCUUGGAACCUCCCCUUAAGACAAUUCCCAAGGGAGUAUGGGUCUGCCCCAGAUGUCAAGAAAAGGUACUAAAGAAAGAAGAUAAUGUAUCAUGGCCUGGGACUCUGGCUAUUGUCCAUUCCUAUCUUGCACAUAAAGCAGUGAAAGAGGAAGAGAAAAGGAAAUUGUUAAAGCGAGGUACCGAGUUGAAGUGUGAACAUGAACAGCUGGAGGAGAAGGACAGAUUGCUCAGUAAUGCUGUCACGAAAUGUCUGGAAUUGAAAACUAGUCUCAUAGCUAAACAGAAAGGAACUCGGGCCUCCUUGGAACGCGUGAAAACUCUGAUUAGACUGAUGCAGAGUGAACAAGUGAUCCAGGUUACAAUGAUGACAACCACAGCCACCUCUCGAGCAUCCCCGCUGGUUUCCCUCCCAUGGAUCAAGCCUUCAGCUGCAGCAGGGACCCCUCCAGCCCCCUUGAAGCAGCAGUCACAAGGAAAGAACUAAAAGAACUGGGCAAAUUCAGAUUUAAUUAUUGUUUGGGAAUACUUACACAUUUUUAUGUGCAGAAACUGAGGGGUAUGAUAACUGAUCAAUGCAGUACACUAUGCAGACAAUGAUGGAGCAAAACUGCACCAUGCAGGUAGUUUGUACUGUGAUUGCAAUCCUUUAAGCCACUACUUUGAAAGCUAAAGAGAUUUUAAUUUUUUUAUUUUUUUAUGUUGGCCUUAACUUAGAUUCUGAAACCAGAAAAUGGCUGAUUUUAAAAAAAAAGAAGAAACAUUUUUUCACUUCUCCACAGCAGGUGUUUUCAACACUAGUUUGCCUCAUGGGGAGAGGGAAGGAAACAAAACCAUAAGCAUUGGAAUGCACUGCAGUAGACUGACAAUUACCACAACAGAGCUGUAACAUAUAAUGCAUUUUCCAGUGAAAUGGGGAUCUUUUUAGGACUGUACAUUACUGUAACUAAGUUCAAACAUGCAAAUACUCGGUUAAGACAAUGUCUGACAUAUUUAUUCAGGUGACGCGCAAAAAAACGGUUUUAUUGUGUAUGUAUGGGUCUUCAGAGCAUUCAAACAAAGUUUAAUUUUUUCAGUAUUAAUAUAGGUAAGAAACAUAUAAAAUAAAGUAUGAGGUUAGUAUUUAAAAUGGGACAAUAAGUACAGUAUUUUCCUGCUGAUGCCUAUGAAACAUGUUUUAUCAAGUAUUUAAAGGGUACAACUGCAAAACUUAUUUUGCAACUUAUCUUACUAUUGACAUUUUUGUGCAGACUAAUCUUGGAAAAAGUAUAGUGGGUAUUUUAGGAACGCUAUGUCUUCUUUGUUUGCUUUUUUUUGUUUAAGUACUGUAUUUGUUUGCCAGAUUUAUAUUUAAAAAUAAUGCCAAAAAUGUUUUCCUCCUCCAGUACUGUAUUUGUAUCACAGAAAAGUGACAAUUUAAAGAAACCCUGGGAUAGUGAUAAAGUUGAGGGGUGUUGGGGAAGGAGGGCGAAUAUCUGCUUCUUGGUACAUGUAACUGCCUCAGACUUGCAACAGAUAAUUGGCACUGAAAAUGUUGAUGCUGGAGUCAAGUAUCAUAAAUUAUAAAAAGGUUUACCACAUUUUGUAGACCUCUUGUUCUUUUAAUAAAUAAAUAACACUCCAAGAGCAUUAACUAAUUUAGACAGCUACUUGAUUCGCUAGCUAGUCUUCCUGAUAUUUAAAAAUAGGGGUCUGCACCUUGGGAGGCCACUGCAUUUUGGCGUGGGAAGCUUUAGGCCUGCUCUGGCAGUGCAUGGUCCCUUCAACCAUUUUCACAAUUCCGGGAAAAACUGUGCAGUACAAUGCAAAUCUAUUUUAUUACAGUCAACACUUCAAUGAACAAGAUUUUAUAUUCUUUUACUGGUGAACAAAAAAGAAAACCACAAAAUGCUACUGGUGUAAUGCCAAUAAGCAUUUUGAUGUGGCUUGCAAUGUAAAUGUUUCAGGUUAAAUGUUUUUUGAUGACUAAAGAGAAAAACAAAUUGUUCAGUUAUAAAAUAUUAAGCAGUUGAAUCUUUUUUUUUUGAAGGUGGGAUGGUGGGUGGUGGUUGAUGAAGAAGUCUUGGCCUGCUAGUUUAGUUCAAAAAGACUGUCCAGUGGAUAGUGUGCAUCAAAGUGAAUUAAUCUUAAUUCUGCCAAUGUAGUUCUUUUUUAAAACAAAAUUAAAACUGAAUUGUGAAAUCUGCUUGUACAUGCUUUAUGAAACCAUUUUCUAUCAGAUAACUACAUCCCACACUUAAGAAAAAGAGAUGUUAACUUUCACAAUGUGUGGCUUCAAAGCAUAUCUAAUCAAUUAGUCACAACACUCAUUUUGCAUAUCCUGAUUUUUCUGAAUCCACUUUCUAAUUAUUUAUUGUAGUAUUGCACAAAAGGUGUACACACUUAAACAUACAAAUGUUAGGUAUCUUUAACGGAAGAAACUUUUUACAAAAAAAACUUCCACUGCUGACUCCUUUAAUGCUCUGUAUGGAACUUGCAAAUAAAAUGUUUGGUGUGCUAUUUCUACUUAUGGAAAGCUUCAUGUUGUCCCAAAUGAAGGCAAAAUAAAAUGUGGUUGUAGGACAAAUUAGCCCCAUGUAGAAUUAUUCUGGCCCAGAUAAAUUCACACUUGGAAAUUACACAUUACUCUUUGGCAUGUUUUAGGUGGGAGUCACACAGGAAUUUCUUUCCAUUAGUCUGAGAAUUUCUAGAUCUAGAUUAUUCUCAGUAGGUAUAUAGAAAUCUUACUAAACUAUAAAUAAUAAAACUUCAUUAUUUUCACAGUGAAAUGCAAAUAGCGACCAUAUAAACAAAUUAGUGUCUGUAGGUUAGUGUUUUUUUAAAUCCUCUCUUUUUGGGAUAUCUGACUACAAGUGGAAAAGCCAAAAAUUAUUCAACUUGCUCACUUCUUAAAAAUCUGCAUAUCUUCUGCAUGGAGGGCCAUGUCCUCUUGUUUUAGAAAUCUGAAACAUUUCUCAGGUAGAGACUAGCCAAAACAGAUGAUCAAAGUGCAUGGUUGGUUUCAGCCCCAAUGCUAAUGCGGAGUUGUACUUUUUAAAACAAAAACUUACUAUUUCUUUUUAUGAUAAUUUCAAGAAAAACUUUAAAGGAACAGUAAAUGUAAUUGUAUUCCAAACAGUUGUGAUUUGACAGUAGCUGUCUAGCAAGUGCCACUUUAAUUUUAUUAGUUUUGCUGCAUAGUUUUUAUUUUUAAGUAGAAGUUAUUAUGGAGGAACUGAGUGGAAAAACAGAUUUGUGAUUUUUUUAAAUAUGUGCAGGAAGCUGAUGCAUAAAUAAUAUGACAGCAUUCUAAAUUAUCAAAGGGUGUGGUUGAGUGGGUAACUGUAAUGAUUAAGUGUAGUUAAGGUUUCUGAAGUCUUCUAAUUAUAGUAGAAUGUUCCUUAAUGAAGAUUUGCUAAGAUAAAUCAAUUACAGAUAUAUAGAUAUAAAGUAGAAAAAAGGAAUUUUGUUGCAUGAAUUUUAUAACAUGGUGCAAGCAUGCACAAAAAAAAACACUCAGGCUUCUCAAAAGCACAUUGCGUUCAGUGCAAAGAUUUUGACAGCAUUCCAAAUGUGUUGUAGUGUAUUGAAUGCGUGAUCUGUUACCACAGCAGUGGAAUAAUCUUGCACUAACUAUCCUUAGGUGCCAUACAUAUAAGAGCCUUAAGUAACAAAUUUAUUUUGCAGUUACUUUAAUAUUUCAUUACAUAAUCAUAUAUACUGAAAAAUGGUCAAGUAUAUCAUUGAAAUACUAUUUUAUUCAUGCUUUCCGUUAUGUUGCUUAAAAAAAAGACUAUAGCGAAAUACACUGGAAGGACUAAUUUGUAUCCAUCGUUCAUUAUUCUGUUUUACCCUUCCAUAACAAACAACUAUUUCAUAAUAUACAAUUUGAUUUUGCUUCAUGGAUAAGUGAUUUACUUGACUAAGUAAUCCACAACUUAUGCAGAUAUUAUAUAUGGACAACAGAAUUAUUUUAAGAGAUACAAAAUAAUAAAUUGUAUUUCAUUUGUGUUGUAGAUAUAGUUGUUGAUUUUUUUUUCCCUUCUCCAUGGGCCUUUUUCAAUCCCUUAGCCAACAAGCAUGCAGAGUGCCUUUAAAGGCAGAAUUUUUAAAAAGGGGAAAAAGCACAGCCAAAUCACCUCUACUAUCUUUCGAUUUUUACUUGAUAUCAAAUCAUUGUAUAUUGUAAAUACACUUAGAAAUAUAUGGUAGAAUUUUUGAUAGCUUUUCACUGGAAUGGGUGAUUAGCUUAAUUUAUCUAGACACAAAAUAGAGUAGAAUGACUACUCUUAAUUUAAAAACGUUAACUUGCCAGAACGAAAUUAAGCAGAUUAAAGUGGAAUUGAGAAAUGUUACAAUUGUUUGUAUAAAAGAUGUUUCAAACACUUAAAAAAAAAUUAAACACUGUUGCAUCAUUGUACAAUUAGUCUUUUUAUUUAUUUCCAUUUUCACUUUGAGUUUCUUAAAACAUUUGUUGGAUGAGUUUUAUUCUCGUAGUUCAUGGUACUAGAAGUUCUAACCUGGCAACAUACUGUAUUCCAUUCCAUUGUAGUUUUAUGCUGAUUUCUAACACCAGCCUCCUCUCAAUCCUCUGUAUUAUACAAUUAGGCAAAAUACAACUCUUCCUGGCACCCUCUCAAAUAAUCAGUUUGAGCCAAGCAAUUUUUAGUUGUGGUUUUGUUUGCUUUUUUUUAUUUAUUUGUUUUGACCUGUUCUAACUCAAUCCAAAAAGGCAGUCUAGUUAUGAAAAUUAUGCUUGUUGCUUGUUUGUGUGGAAGAAUUAGAUGGUUGUUGUGCUUUACUUUUUCCUCUCUUAAAAAGUACAAUAUGGUUGCACACUAAUCACUGGAUGGGCGAUUUAGUUAAAGCAAAAAGUUUUCAAAAUAUAGAUUUCAGUAAUUACUAUUGAAUGAAUACACUGUUAGAUAUUUGUAAGAAAAUUAUUAAGUAUUAUACUGUUCUGCUACUUUGAUAUUUAUGUGGCUCUGCCCAUGGUACGUGGAAGGUAAAAGUACAAAUAUGUAAAAUGGAUUUGUGAGCAUUUUGUUACAAGAUAUGGUGCCGCAGCAAUAAAAAAAAACAUUUAAAAAAACAUUUUUUAAAAAGCCUACCACCAGAUGCAGAAAGUGUUCAGAUGACAGAUUUGUAAAUAAACUACAUUUCCUAUUGCAACAUCCAUGUAUUUAUAAAUGCUUCAUGUAAUGGAAGAAAAACCUUCAAAUGAAUAAUAUGCUGUUUGUUGACAUUGGUGCUGAUUUCCCCCUGCCCCCUCUCCCCCCCCCCAUGAUUAUUUCUUCUGGUCUAUCACCAAAAAUUUCAUGUUUAUUAUACAGGUGUUUCUGGGCCAUUCUCAAGUUAAAUGACCAAGGUAGGACAGUUGUUAGCUCAAGAUCCUGAUCAUCAUUGUACAAUAGAAUUCAAGCUAUCCCCUUUUUAAUAGUUUUUCUUUUCUCUGUUGGCAGUAUUUCCCCCUAUCUCUCCCCAGCCUCAAUAUUCUCUCCUCCAUGUAUUGCUUGUUUGCUAUUGCCCAUUCUUAGAUAUUUUGCUUGUGGAAAUCUGUUCACCGAUCACCAACUUCUACACUUCCUUCCGGACUUAUUUUGCACAUGCCGCAAUCUCAUUUUCCCAAUCAAGAGUUCCUUUCUUGGAUCAUCAUUCGAAACUGGUAACAAGCAACAGAGUAAGAGCAAUCUGCAUUUGCGUACACUUGUCAAGUCCGUAAAUUACCAAAGUGCAGUUAUGGAUGUUAGAAAAAUACAACAGUCAUUCUGCACUCACAAUAGCUCACAGAAAAAAAUGAUACCAUUGUAUUUUGAUAUGUUUGAAGACAUAAUCUCUGCUCUUCAUCCACUGGUAAUGUGCAUACCUUGGCUGAAAGUUAACAGAAGGAAAAUGCUUCUGAAAUUGCAAUGCCACUCCAGGACUAUGUUUGAACACAAGUUUAGAUUAUAACAUCCUUAUGCAGGGGGGAGCUUGAUAUUUCAAGUCUAGAAAAGAGCAACCUAAUCCCAGGACUUCACUUGUAUUCUGAUUGGGAAUCAUUAAUACUAAUUGCUUGAAUUCUAGAAUUACCAUAUCCCAUUAUUAUAAUUUAGCUUAAAGUCUGAAUUUUGU